UUUUAUUUUCUCUCUGAUAGAGGAAGGGCUUGAAUUAUUGGAUGUUUUUGAGGAAGAGGAAAAGAUAAGGAGGCGUCUAUAGAAGAACAGCGACCUUUUAUCUUGUGCCUGUCCGCUACCAGCCUCCAUUUCAUUCCCUUUCUUUUUUUAGAUUAAAGAAAUUAAGAGAGGGAGGAGGAGGAGGAGGAGGAGGUAAAGAAAGAAAGAGAGAGGAAGAAAGAGAUGGAGGAGCUGCUAGCUUGAGAUUAAGCUUUCAGUCCCAUGGCGAGACAACGAUGUCUUUUGUGCCUGAAGUCUUCGAUCGCCGACCUCUGCAUGCCUCGGCGACAGGGUAAUGUUUGAUUUACAAAUAGAUCUUGGGAUCUUUCUGUGAUCUGGUUUAAUUUUGCUGGAUUUGGUUAUUGGGAAUUGAAGAUAUAUAGAUGUGGAGGUGUACUUCGUGAUCUGUCGGUGUAGAUCAUGAGUACUGUGUUGUUGCGGCUAGUUUAAUUUGUAAGGUGGAGAGUACUUGGGGCUGCGGCGGGAUGAUGAUGAUGAUGAAGAAGGAGACGACGACGACGGUAUGGGAAUUGUGACGCUGCCUUCUCAGCCGGCAGCCUCCGCCUACCUCAAGUUCCCGCCUUUUGGAGCUAACACCGCUGCCGGGGGCACAUCAAUGUCCCAGGGAUACCACCAGGGCCUCUUCAGCUUCUCCGACGGGUUCGACCGGUCGACGUUGAAUCAGGAGUCGCCGCCGCAGCAGCACGUGGCGCAGCAGAGCCGGCGGGAGAAGCUGAGGGUGCAAGGGUUCGUCGACGCCUCCGGGGAGCCGCAGCAGCUGGUUCCGAUAGAUGGGCAAACCCAGACCGGGAGCGGCGUGUACGAGUCGGCCGCUGGCAUCGCCGGGGCCGGCAACAUGUUGUCGGACAUGUUCGGUUUCCCUGCCGGUCCGUCGGCGACGGAGCUGCUGGCUAGCCAGAUGUCCGCCGCCGGCGGGUACCGUCUCCCGGUGAGGCCGCCGGCAUCCUUCCUCGGCUCCGAUUGGUAUGGUUUAAGCUCGAUUGGAGAACCAUCGUCGCCGGCGUUGAAGCCGCAGCAGCAUCCGCUGAUGGGAUUAAACGCCGACUCGGCCGCCGCGAUGCAGCUUUUCCUAAUGAAUCCCCCACAGCAGCAGCGGAGAUCGCCGUCUCCGCCCACACACCAGCACCAUCCUAUUAACCAAACCGGCUUCCAAUCCUUCGGAGAGCCGGCGGCGGCGGCCUUCGGUGGGAUCGUAGAAGGGAAGGGGCUUUCUCUGUCUCUGCAACAGUUCGACAUGGCGAAGGCAGAGGAGUUAAAAGUGAGGGAAGGAGUGCUCUACUUCAAUAGCCACAACCAGCAGCAGCAACAACCACUGCCCAUAACGCAAUCUCACCGACAGGAAGGUCAAAGUCACAGUCAAAGUCAGCAGGUGCAGAUGAUGCAGGUAUACGGCGGCGGCGGCGGCGGCGGCAUGGGAGGCAUGGUGAAUUUUCUCCGGAGCUCCAAGUACGCCCGGGCGGCGCAGCAGCUACUAGAGGAGUUCUGCAGCGUGGGGCGAUCAGGGCAACCCAAAACCCCUGGGGGAGGCCGGCAAUCCGGCGGCGCCGCCGGCCCUUCUACCUCAACAAUGGCGGCGCCUUCGUCAUCGGCCUCCAAACCAGACGCGCCGCCAUUGUCCUCUGCCGAAAAAUUCGAGUACCAGAGGAAGAAAGCCAAGCUCAUCUCCAUGCUCGACGAGGUGGAGAGAAGAUACAGCCAUUACUGCGAGCAAAUGCAGGCGGUGGUGAGCUCGUUCGACUCGGUUAUGGGGUUGGGAUCGGCGGCGCCGUACACGGCGCUGGCGCAGAAGGCGAUGUCGCGGCACUUCCGGUGCCUCAAGGACGCGAUCGCGGCGCAGCUGCGGCAGACGUGCGAGGUUCUUGGCGACAAGGACGGCGCCGCCGCCAGCGGCGCCGGAGGAGGGAUCACCAAGGGCGAGACGCCGAAGCUGAAGAUGAUCGACCAGAGCCUCCGGCAGCAGCGCACGUUCCACCAGAUGGGGAUGAUGGAGCAGGAGGCCUGGCGGCCGCAGCGCGGCCUCCCGGAGCGCUCCGUCAACAUCUUGCGAGCUUGGCUUUUCGAGCACUUCCUCCACCCGUAUCCAAGCGAUGCAGAUAAGCAUCUGUUGUCGAGGCAGACUGGUCUCUCGAGAAACCAGGUUUCCAACUGGUUCAUCAAUGCCCGGGUCCGGCUAUGGAAGCCCAUGGUGGAGGAUAUGUACCAGAAGGAGUUCAAGUCGCCGGACGGCGACAACAGCGAGAAAGCCGCCGGGGAGUUGGGCACCCACAGUACUGCCGUCGCUGCUCCGCCACCGGAAGGUCAGCUCCACCACGUCGGCUCCUCGUCGGAGGCUGCGACGUCGACGGUCUGCGAGGGCGGGAGGAGCGCCGACGACGACGGCGUCCUCAUCGACAUGUACCGGCGGCCCUACGGCGCCGCGGGCAGGUUCGGCGACGUGUCGCUCACGCUGGGGCUGCGCCACGGCGCCGGCGCCGGCGGCAGCAACAACGCGGCGGAGAAAGGCAAGUUCUCCGCCGCCGGCGACUUCAGCGGCUCGUGAGAUUUAAUUUCAGGAACAAACUGAUCAGCAAACGACCGACGCACAGGUACCCAGAAACCAACAGCGGAUACGAUUCAAUCUCGAUGAUCACGGAGAUGAUGGCCGAGCUGUUUGUUUCCAAAUUAAUAUAUUUUUCCACAUUAGGAGGAGGAGGAGGAGGAGGAGGAAGAGGAUAAACUAACUCAGCUAAAUUUGUUGCUUGAACAAACAAUUUAUGAUUAGUUGACGAGAGCGAUGAGGAUGGAUGGACCGGGGCAGGAAAUUAUUAAUGUUUGAAAUGGUGGUUGAAAUUGAUGGGAAAAUGACAGGAUCAUGAUUGCGAAGCGGAUUAAAUAACGACAGGAGCGACAGGGCAGGGCGGAGCAGAGAUGAUCGGGGACCAUGCUAUCAUAUGCUAUUGGACAAGCUGCAUCGGGAACGGUGGAGCAGAUUUAGAGAGAGACUUUAAAAGGGCAUGUCGAUUGAGGGACAGAUGAUGCUACCUCUGAUAAAGUUGCUCUUACGGAAUUGUAUCGUUUUGUUUCUGUAAUUAAAGUUAAAGUAGUAGGAGAAGAAGAAUGAAGAAUGAAGAAUGAAGAAUGAAGUUCAUAAAAAUCACUGUAAUCAGUGAAUUUGCCUUGUAAACAUUCUUCAGUGUCAGUUAUCGUUACGUUUUAGUUUGA